GGUAAUGGGCGCAAUGAGAAAUUAUGUAGAGAAAUGGUGUCAGUGCCCCAUGUUUGUAUGCACCCCCCUCACCCUCUUCUCCUCUACAGAAGAGCAGCUUCAGCGGCGGCCCUUGCUCUCUUCUCUUCUUCCACUUCCCCUCCAAACCCUAACCCCUCUCUCGCCAUUUUCCAUCCCACCAUGACCAAACCUGCUUCCGAAAUACCCUCAAAAUUUCCUCUUUUUUCGGAUUCUUCUCAGCCCCUUUUCAAUUCUCAGAGUCUUGCGCUCUCCAAGAGCUUCGCUACCAACAGCAACCCGAAACCCGUUGGGCUUAAUUGUGAAAAUCUCGAGUGUCCUUUGGUGGUGAUUUCUUUUUACAAGUUUGCUGAUUUUCCGGACCAUGCUGAUUUGCGGAAGCCGUUGAAAGAACUCUGUGAGAGGCUGCGUGUUUCAGGGGGCAUUAUUCUUGCACCAGAAGGAAUAAAUGGAAGCAUAUGUGGAACACGUGAUGCUGUGGAAGAAGUGCUUGCCUUCAUCCAAGCUGAUGAUCGGUUAAAGGGGCUCAGACGGAUUGAGUCACCUGUAAGUCCAGAGGAAGAAGCUAUUCAUCACGGGCAUAUGAGUAGUUCUCCUCUUGCUGCUGGAGAAGAUGCUCCCUUCAGAUGGGACCACGUGAGGGUCAAGCUGAAAAAGGAGAUAGUCACACUUGGGAUGCCCUCCGUGUCACCGAUUGAAAGAGUUGGAACGUAUGUUGGCCCCAAGGAGUGGAACGAACUGAUCAGCGAUCCAGAUACAGUUGUGAUAGAUGUACGCAAUGAUUAUGAAACUAGAAUAGGCAAGUUUAAGGGUGCAGUUGAUCCUUGUACAACAGCAUUCCGGGAGUUCCCAUCAUGGGUGGAUGAACGAUUCAAAUUAAACCAGCCAAACAAUGGGGUUGAACCUGCUGGUUCAACUCAAACCACAGCAGACCAAAUUGAGGAAAUGAAUAAGAAGAUGCCCAGAGUGGCAAUGUACUGCACUGGUGGCAUUCGUUGUGAAAAAGCUUCAAGCUUUCUCCUGAGCAAAGGUUUCAAAGAGGUUUAUCAUCUACAAGGUGGAAUCUUGAAGUACCUUGAAGAAGUUCCCAAGAACAAGAGCCUCUGGCAGGGGGAAUGCUUUGUGUUUGACAAACGCGUAUCAGUCGAGCAUGGUCUGGUCCAGGGAACUUACAAACUUUGCUACGGCUGCAAGAAACCCGUGAGUGACGCUGACAUGGAAGCUCCAGAAUGGGAGUACGGGGUUUCUUGCCCGUAUUGCUACUCCUCUAAAUCAGAAGAAGAGAAAGAGAGGGCAAGAGCUAGACAAAGGCAGUUUGAGAGAUGGGGUAUUAUAGGCGGUCCAGAUAAAGGGCGUAAACCAACGAAACCACCGGCGAGUGAAGACAGAAAUAUUAAGCAGAUGUCAAGCUCAAUAUAAGCUUACUCAGAGACAUUAUUUUGGUGAGGCCUCAGAUUUUCCCAGUUUAGGCCAGUUUUUCUCAUUUAUUGCAUGGGAGAUGAACUCACUCAACUUGUAACUUGUGACAUUACAUGUUUUCGAACUUUUUAUUUGAUAUCGACCUUUGCUUCUUGGUGGGUCAGAAA